CCUCUUACAAAACAUGCCCCAACUUAGCGAGCUCGCCAAGCAGGGGAAGCUGAAUCCUCAACAGAUCAAGCAGUUGAAAGAGUAUGUAGAUAAGUACAAAAUCGCCCCCAACAACAAACCGGCUCCACCUCCACCUCCUGAACCUGCCGCUCCUAACCCUAAUCUCAAAACUUCCACGAGUCCGUUCCUUAGCCAAAGUCCUGCAAAUGAAGCCUCGUACCCCAUCAGCGCGACUCCUCCGGCCGUUACAGGGACUGGUCCGCAGCAAUGGCAGACAGCGCAGCAGGGCAGACCGAGUUUGACAGCUGGAAUCGCAUCAGGGAGGAUAGCUGGAGCCCCCGCGCAGAUCGCGAGGAGCGCAGACGACGCGUCAUACACGUUUGAAGAUACAAGGGCUCGCAGGAAAAAUGCGCCUGGCGAUCAGAGCAUGCGGAGAACAAUCCAGGAUCUGGUCGCGAGCAUAGACCCCAACGUGAAGAUCGAGCCCGAGGUUGAAGAUCUCCUUUUGGACAUCGCGGACGAGUUCAUCGACUCCGUCACAAACUUCGGCUGCCGACUGGCGAAACACCGUAAUGGCGACACGCUCGAGGUGCGAGAUCUCCAGCUACAUCUGGAGCGGAACCACAAUAUUCGUAUACCUGGCUUCGCAUCUGACGAUACCCGAAUAUCACUGUCGCAGACGGCGAUAGCACCUGCUGCCACUGGUGGCAGCACGAAUAAGAAGGGCACGCAGAGCAGUCAAGUUACACAACGGCAACAACGGCUGGCACAAGUGCAGCAGGCCAAACGGGAGGCGAAGCUCCUGUAGGUGUGCCAGUGGUGUUUUACCUCUUUCCAUACCAUUUGUCUUUUGCUGUCGUAUGGAUAUCCUUUUGUAGCGCAGCUAUUGUACUAUUAAUUUUGACUUCUCAAAAAGUCAGUCAGCC